CUGUAUAGUAAUAAACAUGAACUGUACUGUAUGACCACACAUGUAAAACGUUCGAACUGUUCACAGUAGUAGUGUCAAUGGUGUCAAUCGUAAUAAUCAAAGAGUGUCGGAGAUCGGAGUUCGUCGUAAAAACCUUUUCGCAAAACUACUCCGUGUUAUAAAAGAAGGCGAUAUUUAUGUGAAAAAGAAUAGGAAAACCAUGGUCUCGGUGAUGCAGCCGUUUAUGGACGUGGAAAGUUCAAGAAGCUACAUCGAUGAACUCUACUCCCUCGAUCCGCAAAAGUGUCUAGACGCCCUUGUGUGCCUGAAAAAUUCUGUGAUUGGCAGUAAUCGGCAGAAGGGUUCAGUGAUUGCCCAGGGUGUUGUUCCUCGAUUGUUGCAGCUUUUGGGAGACACUUCCGGUACUAUAAGUGACCGAAUUCGCCUCGAGUCUGCAGUGACGCUGGGUUCUUUGGCAAAAGGAACGGAUCAACAUGUUCUGGCCUUGAUUGACCUUGGAGUCGUGCCCUUAAUUUUACAAGUGCUACUCACUACCACUGUCCCAGAUUCUCCUGCUGAUGGAAAAGCAAGAGUCAGUGAUUUAUUAAUUGAAGCAUGUUUGCGGUGUUUACGCACUGUUUUCCAACACUCGGCAGCUCCCGUUCACACGAUUUAUCAAAAUCCUGCCCUUGUGCCUCGACUUCUCUCACUGGCGAGUCGAUCUGUUACGUCUCAAGUUUGCAUCGCUACUAUUCUGACGACAGCUUGCAAGACUGCUGAGGAGCAAAAUGCAUUGUCGAAAGGAGGUGCUGUCGAGACACUAGCGGUUCAGUUGGAUUCCGCGUUAUCUGAAGUUCAGCUUCCAGCAUUGGCCUGUCUGGCUAAUAUGUGUUACCAAAAUCACGCAGUCUCGGCCAUGGUCGCUGCUGCCUCGACCAACAAUACACCUCAGGGCAGACUCGUACCUGCGGUCCUAGGACUGCUGAUGGGACGCGAGAAAAGUUCACUAGUUCAACUCGAAGCUGCUCGAUGCGUGGCUUAUAUGCACAGAGCUGGAGCUCUCUCCUCGACGGAUCCGAGGGUCGUUUAUCGAACUUUGCCUUGCCUCGUCAGGCUUUGUCAUCGAGAUAGACCUCCCAGGGAAAGAGUAGCGGCUGCGGAGACAUUAGCUUAUCUUACGGAAGUCGAUACUGACUUGCAGCGUUUGGCUUCCAUUAGUAAUCACCUUAUACCCACCUUGGCUGAAUUUCUGAGGCCGCAUCCACAGGUUCAAGAUGCGACUUUAUCCCAAGACAUGCGACAAGCCGCCUUCAGGGCAUUCGCAUCCUUGGGAGCAAACGACGAGGAUAUUCGCAAGCGAAUUAUCGAAACCCAAAGUCUGAUGGAACACGUAGUGUCUGGCUUGCAAGAUCCUGGCGGUCCUCGAGUUCGUUUAGCCGCAGUCAGGUGUUUACAUUCUUUAUCGAGAAGUGUUCAACAACUCCGCACCACUUUUCAGGACCAUGCGGUUUGGAGACCCUUGAUGCAGUUGUUGCAUGGUGCAGAUAAAGGAUUAGAAGGUAGAGGAGAAGGCGAGGAAGACUUGCUGACGGUUGCUUCUAGUACCUUAUGCAAUCUCUUGCUCGAAUUCAGCCCAAGCAAAGAACCGAUUCUUGAAUCGGGAGGAGUCGAGCUUCUCUGUUCCCUCACGAAACGCCCGGAUCCUGCCUUACGUCUCAAUGGAAUCUGGGCCUUGAUGAAUGUAGCCUUCCAAGCAGAGCAAAGGGUCAAGUCCCAAAUACUUUCUUGUUUAGGGACCGAUCAAAUUUUUCGUCUCCUCGCUGAUCCCGAGCUCGCAGUGCUUAUGAAAACGCUAGGCCUUUUGAGAAAUUUACUCUCCACGAAGGCACACAUCGACCGCAUAAUGGGAGAACAUGCGGCUCAUGUUAUGCAAGCCGUUAUACUUGUUCUUGAGGAUCCCGAGCAUCCAGCCGACGUUAAGGAACAAGCUCUCUGUAUUCUAGCUAACGUAGCUGAUGGCGAUCGUGCAAGAGAUCACAUUAUGGCCAACGAGGAUGUGCUCAAGAAACUUAUGGAUUAUAUGAUGCACAGUAACGUGAAACUGCAGGUUGCGGCGAUAUUUUGUGUUUGCAACCUGGUGUGGAAAGAGGAACCUGGUGCUGCACAAAGGCAGGCUCGUUUACGAGACUUAGGACUUUAUCGAAUUUUGCAACAGCUACGUCACACGAAGGACUCGCAGCUCUUCGAUAAAGUAAAAACAGCCCUAGCGCAGUUCUUCGACCCCUGAAUUCAAAGCGUUUGCCGAACAGCGUUAGGUUUUGUACAAUUGCUAGGAUUAGCCAUAAUAUUUUAAACUUCAACUUAACACUGUGAUCCCGUGAACCCUAAUUUCAUUAAAUUAGGCCUUGAAAUUCGACUAAAAAUCAAAGUAGGCCUUCUCAAUUUUGCGUCGGAAGCAGAACGCAGGUCUUGAUCGCUUUUGAUUUCGAGACUCGUGCAAUAUGAUGAAUUCUUGUGCUUUCUUAAAAUAAAAAAUAAGAGAAUAAUCAGAAAUCAGGCAAAAUGGGGAAGUGAACAGUAGUAAAUACAUUUAAAAAAUGUAUCGUUGCACCGCUUCUUUUAUUUUUGCUUUUAACCCCUUGUGGUUAAUUUUACAGACACGACACGAAGCGUAAUACAGUUUCUUAAAAUCAUGAUUUCGAUUAUCCCGUAAUUUUUAAAUUUCAGCGGAACGUUUAUACUCAUUUGAAAUGUACAAAGUAAUUUCGUCGAUAUUUAAAUGCAGGAGUAUGAAAAAAAAACAAAAAGAAGGUUGUGAUUCUUAUCAGUUUUACACCUACAAUCUUUGGUAUAAAGUAUUUAUUAUAUUUAUCUUUGGUAUAAAUUCUUUUCUAGUUGAAGAAAUUGAUAAAGGUUUACGUUUUUUUUCUUUGGAAGUACUUCUGGAAUCAUGAACAUGGAAUGUUUCUGGCAAUACCAAAUAAAUAUAGGAAUGAAGUGUUUGAUUAUUCGAGAAGCACUUAAUG